UGUUGACUCAAGUGGUCAGUGGUCUGUAGCUACGAGUUUUGGUUUCUUGCUAAGUUUCGAUUUCUUGCUAAGUUUCAAAAUUAGAAUGAGCUCAGUAUCAGCUUAGCUGACAUUCACAAUAGCAAUGUAAUAUGACACUAGUUUUGUUUCUUGUUUAAACAUGUGAUGGUUUAGGUCGUUCUCUUUCAAACAAAAGUACAGCUCGUGACAGUACUGCUGUGAUCUGCAGCAGCUCAAGAUAGGGAUACUUUUGAAAUUUGGAGCAGUUCAUUAUGGAUUUGAACCAAAAGAAUGCCUUAGAAAACACACUUCUGCAACUAGAGUGUCACUUCACAUGGGAUUUGGUAACGGAAGACACUGACAUUGAAUAUGUGGAAGAGAGACUAAAAAAUCAAAUACAGGUAUCUCUAGGUAAAAAUAAAGGGACUGGGCACUCAUACAACCAACUGGCUUAUGUGAAGCACCUGCAGGGGUUAAAUGAAGAAGCAAUACAAAAUCUAGAAAAAGAUGAAGAAAUUACAAGGAAGGACCACGGAGAUGAAUUUGAGAAGCUGGUCAUUGUCACUUAUGGAAACUUUGCCUGGGUGUACUAUCACAUGGGUGAGAUCACCAAAGCCCAGAGCUACCUGGAGAAGCUGGAAGACAUUUGCAAGAGGUUGUCCAUCACAGCCCUUCCCCCUGAAGUGUAUGGGGAAAAGGGAUGGUCCUUAUUGAAGUUCUCCGCGAAACAUAGCAAGAGAGCCAAAGAAUGUUUCAGAAAAGCCCUCAAGGAAGAACCAGGUGAUAAAGAAUGGAACGCUGGGUAUGCCAUUGCACUGUAUCGCCUUGGGGGUUCUGAAUCAGAUGACUCAGCUGCACUAGAACAGCUAAGGUGUGCACUAGAGCUUAACCCAGAAGACACAAUGAUUAUGGUAUUCCUGGGAAAUAAAUUAAAGCAAUGUAAACAGGAAAAGGAAGCUCUGGAGUAUAUUGAGAAAGCUCUGAAGAUGUCACCAGAAAACCCCCAGGUAAUUCACCACGUGGCAAAGUUUUUCAAAGAGCUGGGAUUGUUGGAUAAAUCCUUGGAAAUUUUAAAAGGUGCACUGAAACUGUCACCUGAUGAAUGGCUUCUGCACCACCAAAUAGCCCUCUGUUAUAAAUGGAAAAUAAAUGACUGGAUAAGGGAAACAGGUUAUUCUCAUAAUUAUAGCGUUGAGCUGAGAAACCUUAUCCAGCUGUGCAUUUCUCACUUUGAAACAGUGGUGAAGCAUAAACCAUUUUACGUGUAUCCUCAGAUGGAUCUGGCAGAAAUGUAUGCAAAAUCCAGAAACAUCAAAAAGGGAGAAGAAAUAUUUCAGACUUUAUUUGGUAUUCCUGAUAUGAAGCCACAAGAGAUACAAGCUCUGCAUCGACAUUAUGGAAAUUUCCAUUUGAAUUACAACAAAUCUGAGUCGGAUGCCAUCAAACACUACAAAGAAGGGUUAAAGAUACAACAUCCUUCUAAGGAACGUGAAAUGUGUUUUUACACACUGAAGAAAACUGCUGAUAAACGCAUCAGGAAGAAUCCCCAAGAUGGAGAAGCCUUUGGCAUUCUGGGGUUUAUUCAUAAAAUGAAAGCCAUCGAGUUCUGUGAGAGGGUGUUGCAAUUUGACUGUCACAAUAAAGAAUAUCAGAAUGUUCUCUCUCUGCUGACGAAGACACUGAAUUAGUCUUUCCUUUAACUGAGCAUUUUGAAUGUACACUGAUGGCUAAACUAUGCAAACACAUAAAUUAUCUAAGUGUCUAGAUCACUAUAACCUAUAUACACAAUCCUUCAACUUAACUUUAACAAACAUUAGAUAUAGGAGGGUGUUGUCAGUUGGGUAUAAAAAAUGCUCUCCUUUAAAUGACUAAAUAGCACCUCCCUGGAGACUCACAUGAACUGUAGAUGUUUGAUUUCUUCACAGUGGGCUUUAUUCCCAUACCUAAAAAAACCUUCUUUCUCUGUUAACAAGCUCAAAAUGCACCAAUGCAAUGUCAAGUGUAAUGUGGAGAAACCCUUGUAAGAGAAGGGAAUGCUGAACUGAGCAAUAAUGCAAUGUAUCAAAUCUGAAAUAUUAUGACUUUGAAAUCUGGUUCAGUUAAUAAACUUUUGUUUUACUUUUUUAUUAACAAUAUAAAUCUUUACAUGGGGAAAAUUAACUGAACACUGUUUAAGUAACAGCAUUAUUGUCUAUUCUAUAACUCUGAUUAACAAAUAUGUGUUCUUACAUGGCAUAGAAUGUAUGUAUACUUAUAUACUAUACAAAGUACUUUGCAAUUAUUAACCAGAAAUAAACAAUUGAGAAUUGUAAAAAAUAAAAUAAAAAGGGAUCCU